AUGUUUCACAAGUGCUUAAGUGGGUGUGAUUCAGAAUCAGAAUUCGAAGAUGUAUGGAACAAGAUGGUUCAAAAAUAUGGAUUAGAAAAAAAAGAAUGGUUUGAUAGGUUGUUCGGGCUACGAGAAAAAUGGUGCAGUGCUUUGAGCAAGGAUAUUUUCUCUACGGGAAUCCUUUCAUCUCAAAGAGUAGAAGUAACAAACAGAGCAAUUUCAUUUAAGGCUAACAUAAUCACUAAGCUUUUGGAGUUCUUCCAUAUAUUUGAAGCUACUGUUAGAAGAUGGAGAAGCACUGAAAAGAGUGACAACUUCAGAUGUACUACUGAGAAACCAAAAACAAAAACAAAAAUCUUGAACCAUGCUGCUGAAGUUUAUACUCUGAACUUAUACAAGGAUUUUAAGUUGGAAUUUGAGACCAGCCUAGGAGCAUAUGCAAAGGAAAAGCCAACUUCAAUGCAAUACGCCAAAUUCUUUGAUGUUUCUCUUGAUGAAGAUUAUAUGCACACCUAUCAAGUCAUAUAUCACUGUCAAAACAAUGAAUUUAUGUGUUCUUGUAUGUGCUUCAUAGAGACUGGAUUGCUAUGCUUUCACAUUAUCAAGAUAAUGCAAAUGUACAACAUACAUUCUAUACCAGAGAGAUACAUUCUGAAACGUUGGACCAAGCUUGCUAAAUCAAGGAUAUGGGAUGAGAAUGAAUCAGAAUUUAAUUCAUAA